AUAUGGAUAAUUGAUACUAUAGGUUUUGUCGGAGCAUUAUUUUUAAUUAGAUAUCCUCUUGAAAAUUUCAGCAUGGCCAUUUGAUGGUCUUUCUAUUCAAAUAACCGAAUCCAACGAGUGGUUAGGCGGAUCGUUGUCGGGAGGAAAUGACAGAGGGUGACUAAAACAGGAAGGAAUGGCAGCUAACCUUGCUAAGGAGUGUGCGGUACGGGUAGACGUUUCACAAUGUAACGUUAAGUGUAUCAAACAAUUAAAUUAGUAGGUGGCUACAUUGUAGCCAAGUUGUUUGAGCGCGUGUAGUGCAACGGUUAGAACGUUUACGUUAUAUCAGCAUCCAGAGUGUAGAUUUGCUGCAACGUCACUGCAAAGCAAGCGUUCCCCUUUUUUGUGUGGCUAUUCGUGGAAAAUUAUGGUGGCUGUGGCUCUAGAAACACUGCUACUGCAACACUGCUCGAGUAAGGUACACUACUGCACUGAACAAAACAGAACCAGUGAGUUCAUAUUAGGCCUACCUUUUCUAUUCACACGGGCUCAUCCUGCGUUUACAUAAGGGUCAGCUGCAAUCAUGGAUCAUCAUCAACUUCAUCAUCACACACAAGGAAGCAUGUCACCAUCAUAUGUUCCAAGGAAGAGGAAGGCUUCACAACCAAAACAAAAAAGUGGUGUUCCACUACCAGCUAUCCAGAAGAUGCCAGAUAUGAGUGUGAUGAGCAUGAUUGGUGUUCCACCUAAGAAUGAUGACCCCCAUGCCCAGGCGACCCAAAAGAUGAAAAGAUCAUAUGGCAGAAGAAGGUCAAUGGGCCCACUGUAUGAGGAUCUGCAGAAUGUCUCUCUGGGUUCUGGUGUGGAGGAUUCAACCAGCGAGACGUCCUGCUGCUCCGUGGUGUCUUCCAGCCUGGCUGUAGCCAACGGUGAGCUGCCUCCUCCUCCACCACUCUCUGCCAGACUGCCUCACAAGCUGGUGGCUAAAGACUGCUGGCCCAACCAGGCCCCAGACACAAGCAGAGCCCAGGGCCGGGGUCAGGAACCACACCUGCCCUCCGAUUUUGCGAUUAAGAAAAUGCGGAGAGUGGAGGUGGACAACAGCACACCUGCUAUAAAUUUCCCUCAAGAAGUGAGACAGUCAGUUCCAGUUCCUGUUGGAGGUGGGCAUGUUCAUAGCCAUGUCCAUAGCGGUCACUCAGUGGGAGGUGGGCAUAGCAAUGUCUACAGCGGUCACUUGGUAGGAGGUGGACAUGCCCAUAACCAUGUCGACAGCGGUCACUUGGUAGGAGGUGGACAUGCCCAUAACCAUGUCGACAGCGGUCACUUGGUAGGAGGUGGACAUGCCCAUAGCCAUGUCGACAGCGGUCACUUGGUAGGAGGUAGACAUGCCCAUAACCAUGUCGACAGCGGUCACUUGGUAGGAGGUGGACAUGCCCAUAGCCAUGUCGACAGCGGUCACUUGGUAGGAGGUGGACAUGACCAUAGCCAUUUUGACAGCGGUCCAUCGGUUUGUGGUCGGCAUGUCCAUAGCCAUUUUGACAGCAGUCACUUGGUAGGAGGUGGACAUGUCCAAAGCGGUCACUUGCUUGGAGGUGGGCAUCUCCAGAGCAGUUACCCUAUUGGAGGUGAACUUGUCCAGAGCAGUUACUCUGUUGUAGGUGGACAUGUUCAUAGAAGUCACACUAUUGGAGGUGUGACUAUCCAGAGCAGUCACAGUCACCAAGCAGAGCCUACCGAGGAAGAGAAAUCUAAAGUCUUCACCUUCACAACCAAGAAGGAACCCCCAGUCUACCCCCCAGGAAGUCAAGAAGAAAGGUGGCAGCUGAUGAUCCUGGGCAAAGGCCGAGUCACGUGCCCCAAGUGUAAAAGUGUGAGCAGGAAGACUGUGGAUGGCCUGAAGAAACAUAUGGAGAGCUGCCGAUUGAAUCCCUUCACGUGUCAGCAAUGCGGGAAACAACUGAAGUCUUCCACGGGAAUGAAGUACCACAUCAUGGCAGACCACAAUAACCUGGUAAGGCCAUUCUCCCAUCUGAUGCUGGUUUUGGUGUGUUCCAUGUUGACAUUGGUGUUAACUGUCUUGUUUUUCCAGCCCUCACCAGAUGACAUAAAUGGCCUGGAUGACCAGUCCAUGAAGGAACAAUUGAGGAAGGUGCUGAAAAGGAUGGGAAAAUUAAAAUGCUCGAAAGAGGGCUGCACUGGUAGUUUCACCAGCAUCAUGGGUUACCUGUACCACAUGAAGAAAUGUGGGAAAGAGGAGUCUGAGCUGGAGAAGCUGCUUCUCAACUGCCAACACUGUGGCAAGGUCUACAAGUCCAAGGCAGGCCUGGAGUACCACCUCAAGUCGGAGCACGCACCAGUGCCUCAGAAUGCAGAGGAGGAGGAGGUGAAGGCUCAGAGAGAGCCCAACCCUGAGAGGACACCCAGCGGCCGGGUCAAACGCAUGUCAGCCCAGGUGGCCUUUUUCCACCUACAGGAGAUUGCUAAUGACGAGCUGGCCAAGGAGUGGCCCAAGAGGAAGGUCAUCGGAGACCUUGUCCCAGACGAUAAGAAGCUGAGAUAUGCCCGGCCAGGGCUGCCUGCCUUCAGUCAGGAGGUCCUUCGGAAGUGGAAAAACGAAGUGAAGCUGCAAAAAAAAGUUCUGUGCCCAAACCUGGGCUGCAGCUCGGUCUACACCAGUGUGUCUGGACUGAAGGCUCACCUUGGGCUCUGUGGAAGGGGGGACUUUGAAGCAGGGAAAUACAAAUGCCUAAUCUGUAAGAAAGAGUUCAACUCGGAGAGUGGGGUGAAGUACCACAUCAAUUCUGUCCACUCCCAGGACUGGUUUGUGGUGACCUCAAAAUCCAAGAACUUUGAUAAGGUCCUAAAGACCAAGCCCAAGGUGCACAGCACUGUGAAUGACCCCACUGACCAGCUCCAGCAGCAGACCCUCCAUGUCUUCACCCCCAUCCUAGAGCCCUGGCAGGACAUGCAGAUGGGACCCCCACCAGCGGUGCCCGAGUCAGCCUUGCAGGUCAACCCUGAGGCAGCAGAGGGGAAGAGGAGGGGGAAGGGGAGAGGGAAGGAGAAGGACUGCUAUGACUUCACUGGCAGUGAUCAUUCCAGCAGUAGCAGCAGUGGCAGCUCCAGCAGCGGAUCAGAGACAGAGGAGCCUGAGGGCCAGAGACACAACGUUGACCAAUGGGCACUGCAGAGACCCAGUAUCAUCGAGACCCACCCUGAAGCUGCCAAGCGACCCAGAAGCAACCUCUAGUUCGGUUUGAUCACCUGACUUCAGAUCAGGGGUCCGUUCAGGAGGGUGCAACGUUACAGAACGUUAAAAUAGAAAUGCAUUGGUCCUGGGAUGUGUAGUCUGUGUUUCAACUGUAACUAUGAGAUCAUCUUAGCCAACUUUUAAUGUGUCUUAUUUUAAUAAGAUUUAUAACUUUUUUGUUUUCUGACAUGUUUACUUAGACUUUUUUUACCCCCUAUUAUCGGUAGACUUGUGUUCCUCUACAGAUUGUGCCUAGUGUAUGGAUUUAUUAUUUCAUACAACUCCUUAUUAUAACUGAACUGUUAUCAGACCUCUUUUUACAAUGGAUAUUUAACCAUAGCAUGUGGUGUUAAUGUAGCCUGCAUUUUAUUUCAUGGACUGUGAAAUGUUAAGGCAGGAUGAAUUUGAAAUACGGUGGUUGUCGGUUAUAGUUGUCGGUUAUAGUUGUCCGUGAUGUGUUAACGCUGCAUUGUUUGUGGAUGUACAGGCCAGAUGGAAAUAGGUGCAUUUGUCAUUUUAUUUACUCCCUUUGUGCCCCUCUGCUGUAAGAUUGUAUUUAGUUUAUUCUUCUCCUGUUGAGAUUUGUCAGUGCGCUUAUGUUUAAGGUUUUGAAUAGAUUCAUCUGUUUUACUUAGUUUUGAAUAAUGAAGCUGCCCUUAAUUUUUUUAACGAUCCCUAACACAUUGAUUGUUAACAAUUGGGUUUCCCUAUUUGAUGGCUUAGAAAAUGUUACAAAGACAACCAAUGUCUUUCAGAUCAAAGAUUCUGCUUGCGUCCGUGAUACCUGUAACAGAAACGGGCAUAGUGCAUGCACUUUUAUAUUGACUGAAAUGAACUGCUCAGUCUAAUCAUAGGCAUAUUCCCAUAACCCAACCUUGUGAAAGUUGACAAGCGUGCCAUCAUUUUUGUUUGGCAUUAGACACUUCUUCUUGAGAUGACUUGUGUUCUGUGUUUAAUGAACCAACUGUUGUUAGUCAAAUGAAAGGGAACACACUUCAAUUCACCAUUUGUGUACAUUUGUAUUAAUGGAAAAACUAUUAAUUCAAGAUUAGAAAACUGCAUUAUACAUUUUUUUAGAAGUACUGUAAUGUACUCAUUUUUUUAACUACCAGCAGUGUUAGCUAUAUCAACAGGUGAAAUAAAAAUAUUUACAUAAUUGUACUAAUUUUCAAUUCUCAUUUUGCCAUUGUUUACACAGUAAACAAACUGUAUUCUACAAAUAACUGCAGGUGUUAAAUUAAAGAUAAGUGAUGCGUCGCCU